CCGCAGGACCAUGUCCGCCGCCCCGGCCUACAGCGAGGACAAGGCGGGCUCCGCCGGCCCCGGGGAGCCGGAGUACGGCCACGACCCCGCGAGCGGCGGCAUCUUCUCCUCCGACUACAAGCGGCACGAUGACCUCAAGGAGAUGCUGGACACCAACAAGGACUCACUCAAGCUGGAGGCCAUGAAGAGAAUCGUGGCGAUGAUUGCCCGCGGGAAGAACGCCUCGGACCUGUUUCCCGCUGUGGUGAAGAACGUGGCCUGUAAGAACAUAGAGGUGAAGAAGCUCGUCUACGUGUACCUGGUGCGCUACGCCGAGGAGCAGCAAGACCUGGCCCUGCUGUCCAUCUCCACCUUCCAGCGCGGCCUCAAGGACCCCAACCAGCUGAUCCGCGCCAGUGCCCUGCGGGUGCUCUCCAGCAUCCGGGUGCCCAUCAUAGUGCCCAUCAUGAUGCUGGCCAUCAAGGAGGCCGCCUCGGACAUGUCUCCCUAUGUGCGGAAAACGGCUGCCCAUGCCAUCCCCAAACUCUACAGUUUGGACUCUGACCAGAAGGAUCAACUGAUAGAAGUCAUUGAGAAGCUGCUGGCGGACAAGACCACGCUGGUGGCGGGCAGCGUGGUGAUGGCAUUCGAGGAAGUGUGCCCCGAGCGCAUUGACCUGAUUCACAAAAACUACCGCAAGCUGUGCAACCUGCUGAUCGACGUGGAGGAGUGGGGGCAGGUGGUCAUCAUCAGCAUGCUCACCCGCUACGCGCGCACGCAGUUCCUGAGCCCCACGCAGAACGAGUCCCUGCUAGAGGAGAGUCCGGAGAAAGCCUUCUACGGCUCUGAGGAGGACGAGGCCAAGGGUCCAGGGUCGGGAGAGGCGGCCACCGCCGCGCUGCCCGCCCGCAAACCCUACGUCAUGGACCCGGACCACCGGCUGCUGCUGCGCAACACGAAGCCGCUGCUGCAGAGCCGCAGCGCGGCGGUGGUCAUGGCAGUGGCGCAGCUCUACUUCCACCUGGCGCCCAAGGCCGAGGUGGGCGUCAUCGCCAAGGCGCUGGUGCGCCUGCUGCGCAGCCACAGUGAGGUGCAGUACGUGGUGCUCCAGAACGUGGCCACCAUGUCCAUCAAGCGCCGGGGCAUGUUCGAGCCCUACCUGAAGAGCUUCUACAUCCGGUCCACGGACCCGACCCAGAUCAAGAUCCUGAAGCUGGAAGUGCUGACCAACCUGGCCAACGAGACCAACAUCCCUACUGUCCUGCGGGAGUUCCAGACCUACAUCCGCAGCAUGGACAAAGACUUCGUGGCCGCUACGAUCCAGGCCAUUGGCCGCUGUGCAACCAACAUCGGCCGAGUCCGAGACACCUGCCUCAGUGGUUUGGUGCAGCUCCUGUCCAACCGCGACGAGCUUGUGGUGGCAGAGUCGGUGGUGGUCAUUAAGAAGCUGCUGCAGAUGCAGCCGGCACAGCACGAGGAGAUCAUCAAACACUUGGCGAAGCUCACAGACAACAUCCAGGUGCCCAUGGCCCGAGCCAGCAUCCUGUGGCUCAUUGGGGAGUACUGUGAGCACGUCCCCAAGAUCGCACCUGAUGUGCUGAGGAAAAUGGCCAAGUCGUUCACGGCAGAGGAGGACAUCGUCAAGCUGCAGGUCAUCAACCUGGCGGCCAAGCUCUACCUGACCAACUCGAAGCAGACCAAGCUGCUGACCCAGUACGUGCUGAGUCUAGCCAAGUACGACCAGAACUACGACAUCCGCGACCGGGCGCGCUUCACCCGGCAGCUCAUUGUCCCCUCGGAGCAGGGCGGGGCCUUCAGCCGCCAUGCCAAGAGGCUCUUCCUGGCCCCCAAGCCGGCCCCCGUCUUAGAGUCAUCUUUCAAAGAUCGAGACCACUUCCAGCUGGGCUCUCUGUCCCACCUGCUCAACGCCAAAGCCACGGGCUACCAGGAACUCCCAGACUGGCCGGAGGAAGCCCCAGACCCGUCUGUGCGCAACGUGGAGGAAGAAGACCUCUCCCUAAUUGAGACACGCGUGGGCCUGCUGGGCGGAUACACCGAGGUGCCCGAAUGGACCAAGUGCUCAAGCCGGGAGAGGAGGAAGGAGAAGGAGAAGCCCUUUUACUCCGACUCCGAGGGGGAGUCCGGCCCCACCGAGUCUGCAGACAGCGAGCCCGAGUCUGAGAGCGAGUCAGACAGCGAGAGUGGCUCCGGGGCAUCCAGCAGUGAGUCGGACAACGAAGACCAGGACGAGGACGAGGACAAAGGGAGAGGCAGUGCGAGCGAGAGUGAGGGAGAGGGAGAGAAGAAGAUGAAGAAGAGGAAGAAGGGGUCCGAGGGCGCCGGAGAAGGCUCUUCCUCCGAUGAUGACAGCGACUCCAGCAGCGACUCGUCAGAGUCCGAGGAGACAUCAGAGACAGAGGAGGAGCAGGCAGAGGCCACCGCAUGGAGGAGGAAAACACCCCCCAGCAGCAAAAGCACCCCUGCAGCCAAGGAGAUCUCCCUGCUUGAUCUGGAGGACUUCACGCCUCCCAGCGUCCAGCCUGUGUCUCCCGCCACGGUGGUGUCUGCCAGUCUGGUUGCUGACCUUGAGGGCCUGACGCUCACAGACUCCUCUCUGGUGCCCUCGCUGCUGAGCCCGGUGUCCAGCGCAGGAAGGCAGGAGCUGCUGCACCGCGUGGCCGGUGAGGGCCUGGCUGUGGACUACGCCUUCAGCCGCCAGCCUUUCUCCGGGGACCCGCACAUGGUGUCUGUGCACAUCUACUUCUCCAACAGCUCUGAGACACCCAUUCGGGGGCUGCGUGUGGGCACCCCCAAACUGCCUGCUGGCAUCAGCAUCCAGGAAUUUCCAGAAAUCGAGUCGCUGGCACCCGGAGAGUCUACAACGGCUGUCCUGGGCAUUAAUUUCUGUGAUUCCACCCAAGCUGCCAACUUCCAGCUGUGCACUCAGACACGACAGUUCUAUGUCUGCAUUCAGCCUCCCGUUGGGGAGCUGAUGGCCCCUGUGUUCAUGAGUGAGAACGAGUUCAAGAAGGAGCAGGGAAAGCUGAUGGGCAUGAACGAGAUCACAGAGAAGCUGCUGCUGCCGGACUGCUGCCGGAGCGACCACGCCGUGGUGCAGCGGGUGACCGCCACCGCCCACCUGGGCCGCGUGCCCUGCGGGACCUCGGAGGAGUACAGGUUUGCAGGCCGGACGCUGAGCAGCGGAAGCCUGGUCCUGCUCACUCUGGACGCCCGGCCGGCGGGAGCUGCCCAGCUCACCGUCAACAGCGAGAAGAUGGUGAUAGGCACCAUGCUGGUGAAGGAUGUGAUUCAGGCUCUGACCCAGUGAUG